AUGUCAUCCGGAAUGAAAUCGUGGGACGACUGCCGUCUGCCGCAGGGUAUCAACAAUCGCCUGAUGAGCCUCCGCCCGCCUCUCUGGGGAGGCAAACUAACCACCAUCGUCAGCGUCUACGCCUCCACUCCCUCAACCAACCCCGACGCACAAAUUCUACGAGAACCCGCACGUCCUCCUGGCGACUGUGCCGAAGCCGGAUAA